AUGGGGGGAUGCGUGCCCUGCCCUGCGUGGGGAAGCAGUGGGCUGCACCGCUCUCAGGUGUAUAACCCCCAGAUAUUAAGAAGAGCAGACAAGAAUGAAAGUUGGAACACAAUACUGGAAGUCUGCACCCACACACACGCUCCCGUUUCAGCUACAGUAAGGGAACGACCUAACCUUACGGGCCGCAAAGGCAAUCACUACCUUGCAGAUGAUGGAAAACUGUCCUUUGAUGAAUUCAGAGCUUACUUUGCUGAUGGAGUUCUGAGUGGAGAAGAACUGCAUGAACUUUUUCAUGCUGUCGAUACUCACAACACUGACAAUCUGGACACAGAAGAGCUCUGUGAAUAUUUUUCCCAGCACUUAGGAGAGUAUGGAAAUGUUCUGUCAGUGUUGGAAGACUUAAACAUUACUAUACUGAAGGCAAUGGACAAAACAAAGAAAGACUAUCAGGAAUCUUCUAGCUUGGAGCAGUUUGUGACUCGCUUUCUUUUGAAGGAAACACUGAAUCAGCUUCAGUCCCUCCAGACCUCUCUGGAGUGUGCCAUGGAAGCCACAGAGGAACAAACUCGGCAAGAAAGACAAGGCCCAACAAAACCAGAAGUGCUCUCAAUUAAACGGCCAGGAAAACGUUCAGCUCGAAGGCUUCAAAGAAACAACAGCCUAUCACCAAACAGCCCUCAUUUCGGCACAGGUUGGACUGAGGAAGACAAUCAGUGGAUAACCCAGAUAAACAGACUCCAAAAGCUGAUUGACAGACUGGAAAAGAAGGACCUAAAGCUUGAGCCAUUUGAAGAAGAAGUUUUAGAAGAAAAUGCAAGAUCUCACAUAAUGAUUGUUCAACGUCAAAUGUCUGUGAUAGAAGAAGAUAUAGAGGCGUUCCGGCUUGCUCUGAAACAGUACGUGGAAUCCGCUUCUGCUCAGGAUAGCUGCUUCCACAUUUCCAUACAGAAGCCUUCAAAUGACUCCCGCUUCAUCAUUUAUGAGUUCUGGGAGAAUAGCAGUGCCUGGAAUAGCCACCUUCAAAUGAAUUACAGCAAGACAUUCCAAAGAUAUAACGUGGACUUCUUGGAAACUCCAGAACUCACUACAACAAUGCUAGUCCCUGCAUCAUGGUGGGUCCUCAGUAACAACUAGAAGCUGUGGUUCCAACUAAUGUUAAUGGCACAUCAUUAUGUUUUUCAUUACAGCAACGUGCCUACGGCAGUAUAUAGGUAUCCUGGGUUAAGAGAUUAUGAUGUGAUAGUUUGUCAUUCUAGGUGACUAGUUCAGUGAAACAAUGCAUUCUAAAAGCCAAAACAGGACAACCGCGCUUAAAUUGUUUGCCAUGUACAUUCAAUCCAGGACAAGUUAUGACAGAAGCAUGUUUUGGUUGAUGUGACUAAGUAUUUGUGAAUAGGUUUAGCCUCAUAUUAAUAAAGAGUUGUUACUUCA